AUUGGCGGAUUACAGUUGACGCUCCACUAUUUGAGUGUUCUACGUUGAUAGCAGCUUUGGCUUACAAUGUAUUGUAAUUAGUAAUUCAAUGUAUGUUUACCUUUAGGCGAUUUGACUACGAUAUGCCGAAAGAUCAUAGAAUAAUUGCCAAGAUUCUUCUUGACUUAGCAAUUCUUCUAACAGUUGGUAUUCCAAUUUUAUUGUUUCACCUUCAUGGGCAGCCUAUACAAAGAGGAUUCUUCUGUGAUGAUGACAGUAUCAGGUAUCCUUUCAAGGAAUCAACUAUAUCAAAUAAAGUGCUUUACAUUGUUGGAAUUUUUGUUCCUGUUAUAGUGAUAUCAUUAACUGAAUUUGCUAAUGAUGCUAUGUCCAAAAGGGAAAAUCGAGGACAAAUAAAUGUGAUCUUAGGACGUACAGUUCCGACUCUUUGGUGGAAAAUAUACAAGAAUGUUGGUGUAUUUUUAUAUGGAGCAUGCAUGUCUCAGCUGACGACAGACAUUGCCAAAUAUAGCAUUGGACGCCUUCGACCCCAUUUUAUAGAUGUUUGCCGACCAGAUGUUGAUUGUCUCUCAGCAGUACAAGAUGCACAUUUGUAUCAAGACUCAUUUAAUUGUACAGGAAAGGAUCUAUUUAGGAUUCGAGAAGCAAGACUUUCCUUUCCAUCUGGUCAUUCUUCUUUCUCUGCCUAUACAAUGGUGUUUACUGUGAUUUAUCUUCAAGCAUGCAUGAGAUGCAAGGUAAACAAACUUCUUAGACCUUUCUUACAAUUUAUUCUUAUGAUGAUGACUUGGUACACUGCUUUAUCAAGAAUUGCUGAUUUUAAACAUCAUUGGAGUGAUGUAUUGGUAGGGUUUCUUCAGGGCACCAUUAUGGCACUCAUUACAGCAUUUUUUGUGGCUGAUAUUUUCACAAAAGAAGCAAAGAAAGAGGCAGAUAUCAUUCUUCAGAAUAUAUCAACAGAUGGACCAGCCCCAAAUUAUAAUACAAUGGACACAAGUACAGAUGUUGAAAGUCGAUCCCAGUUUGUAUCCAAAUGAGUUUCUAAUUUCGUUACCUAUGUAUUUAUUUACUGUACAUUUAUGAAAAGAACAGAAGAAUCAGUUUUACUUCAGUUAAAAAUAUGGUAGAAAAUAUUAAAGAAAUAAAUAGUUUUAAUUAUCAUAAUAAACUUUUCUAAAAUAAAUAUUACAUUUUAGUUAAUAAACAAAUGUUUCUGAAUAUUUUGCAUAAAUUAAACUUAAUGAAGAUUGAAUUCUACUGCACAGCCUCGGUUACUCUGCUUAAUGUGUUGUUUAUUUGUUGAUAUUUAAUAUAAAAUAUAAAUGGCAGAAAUGAAUUUCUAAAGAAAAUUGAUGUUUUAAGCAUUUUUUGAACUAUGAAAUAAAAACAUUUCUGAGAUAUUCUUCCUCUCAGAUAUUAUUCAAGAAGAAUUAUUUAUAAAAAUUGCAACAAUCGGAGAAAUUUUCGCUUAUUGUGUGUGGAAAUUAAUAAUGAAAUCACUUUUAAAUUCUGUCAUUAUUGUUAUGAUAGAUGUUAUUCUAAUAUUAAUCUUUAAAAUAUAUAGCUAAGCCAUCUUACUUAUAAAUAGUAUAUAUUAUUCUUAAUAUGCAAGUAAAAAAGUUUGCUCUAAGAUUAGAUGCUUACUAUGUCCAUUAUUUACCUGUAUCAUGACAGCAAGUUAUGUUGUUAAAGUGUUAUCUGUUAUUAAGUAGUAAUCUGACAAAUUUCUUUUCGAAUUAAAAUGUUAGUGGAAAUAUGGUUUUCUUUUACAAUUCUGUCUUGUAAACCUGAAAGAUACCAUAAAAAAGAAAUUCUCAAUUAAAGAGGCUAAGAAUGUAAAAAUAAAUAAAUAAAUAAGGUGCUAAAUUAACAUAUUGUAUAUGAACAAGAGCUAUGAUAAAUGGGGCUUUGUUAAAUAUUGCAUAUCAAAGUGGCAAUAUCAGAAAUUGUAAGAAUAUCUUUGCAUUUUAUUAUUUAGUUAGUAAAAUAUUUCUUUUUAUUUCUCAUCUUUAUGAAAUAAACGUAGAACUGGACAUUUUGCCAUAACUGUUAAACCUUUUUAAGUGCUGUCUUUCAUUUUUCUAUAUAUUGUUUGUUUUUUCAUUUUAACUACUUUAUGAGAAUUGUCAUUUUUUUAUAUUUUGUUUGUUUUUAUUUCAAAUAAUGUAUCAAAAUUGUGUAAUAUUAAAAAUUACCAAUUAUUUAAAACAGGGAUAGUCAACCUUUUUAUACCUACCACCAUAUUUUAGUUAAUUAAAGAGUUUAAUAUUUUGUACAGCACAAUUUUCAAUAAUGAAAUUGCCCACCAAACUACACAGAAACUGCUGUUAAAACUGCCCAAUGGUGCUGCCCUUGCAUAUUACAAAAACUCUUUGAAACUUUUCAUACCACAUAAGAUAAUAGAGUGAAUAAAAAUUUUUGAAUCACAUCAUCAUGUUUAAAUUCCUAAAAACCAUAUGUAUUAGUUCCAAAAUCAUGUGUAGUGCCAUCUUGAAAGGUGUCGUAAAUUGCCAGCAUAUAAAAAAGUAGCUGGAAUAGAUGGAAGAGUUUACAAAUGUUGACUGUUUAUCAAAUCAAGGCUGAUUCGGAUUUCACUGUGCACUUGAAUAUGCCCAGCUAUUGUAAAAUCUGUCAGCAUAUAAGACUGAAAAAGUUAUAACUGAAGCAUAAAUUCUGCAUACUUCAUAGGCAGAAAAAUUUAUAUACUGCCCACCCAUUCACAGUAACGUAAUAUAGUGCAACUGCAAAGAAGUUUUUAAGUGGAGACUUAGUAAAAAAUAUAUAGUUAAAUUUAUGCAUUGAUUUAUACUAUAUUUACAAUAUUAAACUUUUAAUAGGCUGAAAUUACAAACAGCAAAGCCAUAUAAUUUACAUAUAAUUUAAUUUCAUUUACAAAUAGCAAAGCCAUAUAAAUACAUGAAAAUAGGAAAGAACUGCACGAAGGAGAAUGGUCAAGUACAGAAAUAAACAUUAAGGGGUGUGAACAACACAUUCAUGCAUGUUUCACUCCUCCUUGAUCAUUAUCAGACAAAAACCUUCUCCACCCACCAUGAAAGUUUAAAUCACCCACUAGUGGGAGGUAGCGACCAGGUUGACAAUCCUUGAUCUAAAACUUCACACAAGAAAAUGUUAAUAUGUAUGCAUGUGUCUUUUUUCCCUUAGAUGCUGCAGGCCAAUGCUUCAAAAUCAAUGAUUAGUAUCCGAGUACAACAUGUUUUGAGAUAUGUUUAAAGAUUUUCCAACUAAAAGGUUUUCCCCCCCUUUGAUUUUUUAAUUCAAUUUUUAAGAUACUGAAUGGCCACAAGUUGCUUUGUUUAUUUUAUCAAAUGAUAUCCUAUCAACUUUUGAUCCAUUAAUACAUUUAUGAUUAGCAAAACUUAUAUUAUUUGAGGUGAUUUCAGAUGAAACAUCUAGAUAUAUUUUGAAAGACUAAGAAAUAUUCCUUUGUGGUGAAGCACCUUAUUUGCUGUUUAAAAUGCCUUGAGUCUUUUGAAUAGUGUGUUUUAACACACUUUGAAAGUAUAAGCAAAAUAGAAGCUAACAGUAAUAGGAGGCUGUACAUUUAAGAUUAAAUCAUAGAAUUUCAGUCUGCCUGUAAUGUACUUCAACAAGUGCAACUAUUUUCUUGUAUAUAUCUAUGCAAUGUUCUUUGUUUUUCCAUCUACCCUUCCUCAUUUGUAAAGUUAAAAAAGAGAAAAUUUCAAAUAUAGGAAUCUUCUAAAUUAACUGAAUAAUUAGUGACAUAAUGCAAAUAUAUAUACUACAAAUGAAAUAAAUAUGUUACGAGUGUGAAUAGGGCAGAGGAUUAGCUUGUAUCUUUUGAUAUCUAGAGUUCAAGAAAAUGCAUCUUUGCCGUGUUUAAGAUUAAUGUUUCAUAUGAUGAUGUAUGUCUAAAAUAUGGAAUUUGUCUUCCUAAUGUAUUUAUAAUAAAAGCAGUGCCUGCUAUAUUUUUAGAUAAAAAAAAUAAAUUUUUAUAUUCAUGUUUUCACUUGGCGAAGUUAGUGGUAUUCCUUUUACAUGAUAAGAAACUGCACUGGUAUAUACAGUGUUUGGUAUAGUGCCUUUUGAUAAAAGCUUGCAUUACCAUUUGAAUGAAAACAGUACAUUGAAUAAUAAUCUCUAAAAUUUGUGAUUUAAUUAGUAUUAUAAUCUAAUCAAUUGUUACUUGUUCUUUUUACUAUUUGAAAACAGCAGGUCCUUAUAUGUAUAUAUCCAAAAUAUAUAACCAUUGUUAAAACUUUUAAUAAAAGUAAAUUGCUUUUUGUUUUAAAUACUGAUUUAAUUUAUAAAACCAGUGAACUUAUGUUCCACAUUAAACUGCUUAAAAAUACUGGUAAAAUAUUGAUAUUUUCCAUUAGUUAUAACAAAGGUUAUUCCUCUGUCCUGUGUUUUUUCAACUGGCUUUGGUAUUAAUCAUGCUUUUGAGUUAACUGUGGAUGCUGUUCAUUGUAACUAAUUACCUCUGCUAAAUCCAGAAGUUGAUUAUAAUUAUGUUAGAGUGAAAGUAUGCACCCAAAGGUGUUUCCUGUGCAAACAUUUAUAAUGAAUUCUUCAUGCGAUGUAUCUGAAAUCUUACAUCAUAUAUAUGGCUGCAUUUUAAGGAAACUGAUGUGUUUGAUAUAGUUGUGUUGAUGUGAGUGUUUGAUAUAGUUGUGUAUCAGUAUGGCUUUGUGCAUUUUCCCAUACAUCCCAUAAAUCAAAUUCAUGUUUUAUAUAUGACAUAAUUAUUUAUUUCUUUAAGGUGUUGAAUUAGCUGUGUUUCAUUUUGUAUAUAUUUUUUAACAUUUGGAAUAAUCUGUGUGUUCACAGAAUGCCACAACUUUUUAUGUUAAAGAGUAGGUGCUCGGGAUUUGCUGAAAAAAAAAGAGUUUGAGAGACACUAUUCAGUACAUACUGUUUACUUUCCCUAAUAUAAAAUAAACACCUGUUAUUGAUUAUGUUUUUGCUUAGGAAAUGUAUAUUACAUAUGCUGUUAGUAUAGUACAUAGAUAAUAUAAUGUUGAUGCACCAUGCAAUGCCUUAAAUGAUGUAUAAUUUCAUUUAGAGUUAUGUUGUGUUUUGUUAAUUUAUUAUGCAUGAGAGAUGAAAUAUUUAAGAUUUCUACUAUCUAAAAUUUUAUUUUUGAUAUUUUUAUUCUAUUGUUGUAAAAUUUUUGUGGGUUUCUGUGGCAUUUGUGUAUGGAAUCAAAUUCCUUUGUCUUUAAUUAAAAAAAAUACCUUAUCUUUAAACUAGUCUUUAGAAUCAUGUACAAAUUAAUUUAUUUGUGUAUGGUAUUUUAGCUUAUAUUCUAAUUUUUUGUAUCAAUAUAAAUGGAUUGUGACAUGAUUAUUAAAAAUUUUGCAGCUAUUUAUAGUUAUUUUUUUUCUAAAGAUGUAUUUUUAAUGACAGGUUGGUAGUUUUUAUUCUAUUUCAUAAUGAAAUAUACAAAAGAGAAGUUUUUUUUUUUUUUUUGUUUUGUUUCUUUGUUAUGUGGAAAUAUGAUGUUGCAUACUAAUGCUGCCAAAUUAUAUUAUUAAAGCAAUUAGAAUUUUGUUUAAUGUUUGUUGUUACUUUUAACUUCGUAUUUGAAAAUUAGUUUUUAAUUAAAUUUUAUUAUGUAAUAAAGCUGUAUAUUUGAAAAUA